UCAAUUCCCAUGUCUAGGAGAGAGAAAGGGUUAAACACUAAAAGACAGGGCUAUGUGGAUCAUCGGUAGAGGGUGAGCAUUAAGUUGUUGCCAGCAGAAGCUGUCCCUCAAGUCUCUUAUAAAAAUAUGUGGGCUUGAGAUGAUUGUCUAUUUUUCAAGCAGUAUUGUUCAAGGUGAUAAAGAAACAGCUUAACCAGUUCUUGUCUCUUUUUCUUUUAACCAUUUUCAUAUUUUAUUCACUGUUACAUCCACAAACUUCAAUGUGUUUUAUUGACCAGCAAAAAGUAAUGCAUAACUUUGAAGGGGAAGGGAAAAAACACAUGGCUUUCAAGAUGUUUUUACAAAUAAACAUUUAAAAAGUGUGCCUUGCUUUUGUAUUCAGCCCCCUUUACUCUGUGAAGGCCUCAGAUGUUUGUUAGAGAACAUUAUUGAGCAAGCAGCUCUCUCAUAUUUGCAUAAAGGUUUGCUUUUCUGCCUCAACAUGUACAAUACAUGGAGAUUAUUUGAUUCUGCUGGUAUGGUUUAUUUAUCAUUUAUUAAUCGCAGUCGUGUGCCAACGAUUAAUUCAUUUCCCCUUUCCAUUGUUUCCCUCUGUAGGAGGACAGAGGUGGGAAAUCAACACAAAGCAGUAAAAAAUGUAAGUAUGUAAUGCCUCCUUUAACGAAAAGUCCAUGGUUUUGGGUUAGAAGAAGUAAAGCAAUUGUGAGAUCCUGCUUGAGAAGAUAACAUCAGGUACACUUCUUGAGCUGCAACAGAGAAACGACAACAAAUACAAAAUGCAAACGUUUUUUUUUUUGUCUCAGUCUUUGAAAAUUUUUUUAGAUCAAGCUAACUGUCAGUUGUUUUUCUUUACUGUUCCCAGGAAAGACUUCAACCUCAAUGACUUUAAGAUUUUUAGACAAUGUUUUGAUUUUGUUUAAGCUGAGAGACUCCAGGAUAAACUUUUGAAGAUAAUUAUGGGCAUAGUGGUUAGAUUGUUUCCAAGCAAGCUGCACAGCUGAGUACAGCCACAAUAGAGUCUGACCAGUCCUCCUACAGCUGAAAGGAUUUUCAUUUGACUGUCCAAGUACGAUAUGUACAAGGUGUUUAAAGAAAAAAGCUCUGAUUCCAGCCUACUCAUGACCUGUUGUCUUUUGGGGAUCAGUUAAUCUACUCGGAAUAUUUUCUGUUACAGAUGUAUUGAGCAGAGGAACAAAAGAUGUUAUAAUGAGCUAUUUAUGACUGAGCGACUUUACAUGCUUUCCUGUUUGCCUCAGGCUCCAGUGCUGCCAGUUCCUAUGUAUUGCCAGUGGAUGGUGCUGUAGACCUGCAAGAGGAGGAAAUGGAGCAGAGUGUUAAUGGGCUGCCUUUCGCUCUGGACCCUUCAUCUGUCCCACCGUCUUUCCCAGUCCCACCUCGCAGUGACUUACAGUGAAAGUAGUCCUUUACACCCACAUCCUCUAAUCAGAAAACCUGGGUUGACCCCUAACACCACGGUGCUCCUACUUCUUGUGCGUGCUGAUGUCAUAAUUGCUCGAGGACAGUACUACUGGGAAGUGGAUGUCUCUAACAGCUCUGUCUACACGGUUGGUGUGAUCUCAUCAGAUGGCUGCAGAGGCUGGUGGCUGGAGAGAAAUGCUUCGGCUUUUCAUGCAGUGCACGAUGGAAGCUGCAAGGCUAUUGUCACUGUCCCACCAAGGGUCAAAACUCUCGGAAUAUUCCUCAGUUUCGAAGGUGGGAUCUUGAGCUUCCGCAAUCCCCCGACCCAGGAGCACCUUGUGACACUUCCGACCCACUUCAGCACUUCUGGGGUGCUCCCGGCUCUGGGCCUAGGACAGGGCAGACUGAGGCUACGCUGUGGCCUCCCAACACCUUCUUAUGUGUUUCUGGGUAAGAACUCAACAUAUAGGGGGCCUUGUUGCCCAAAGGGUGUUUGGUGGCACAGAAAGGUUUCAUUCCAGUUGGUGAAAAGAGUGAUCCAGAAGUUUGAGAAACUGGCUUUAUCAGACUAAAACUUUGUGUCUAGUUUUGGAUUAUCCUGUUCUCCCUUUACUGGGAGAGUCUGUGGACCCUGUUGUUUGGGCAACCAGAAGAAAACUCAUACAGAAUAUGAAGAACUUCUAAAACCUCCUGUUCAAAAGGAAUGCCCACAGCUCCCAUGGCUGGUUUGAUGUUUAACUGUCAUUUGAAAGGCUAAUUUUCCAUCUUGGAGGACUAUGGCUGCCCUUUUUCAUUCUCUACUUGAACCCGGACCUGCAAUUGACUCUCUCCCCAGGAUGCAGCUCUUUCUCUCAGCUGAACGACCCCCACAGCUUUAGGCUUGGGCCAGAAAAAGUCCUGGCAUAUACAGAGUGUGAGGAAAGGGUGGGAUUUUAUCAGCAGGACUCCUUGUUUUGUCUCUGUGUGCCGGCUGUUGGACAGUAGGUGUCCCACACUAUGGAAACACACGUUCGGUAUAGCACUGCUUUAAAGGUUUGCUCAGUCACUCGUGCAUUUUGCUGUGUGUUUGAGCAAGAGGAAACUAUGUAUGAGCAGCAGGGGGUGAGGUGAUGAAGCGUGAGUACAGUGACACCAGUAGUGUUGACGGGGAGCAGCAGUGACAGGUGGUAACAUACAUUUAUACCGCCGCCUGUCUUCGAGGGAACAGUAGGGCUGCCCUUUCUGACGCCUUUUGAAAACCGCAGGGCAUCUAAUGACUUCAAAAGAGCCAAGAGAAAGCUGGGGAACAGAGAGGGAGAAAGAGUAACAGCAUGCAUGUCAGCAGGUGAUGAAUUGAUAUAAAGGAAUAAGCUAAGAAAGGCAUUCCAAACUGCCUUCGUGCCAAAUAGGUUGAUAGAUGUACUUUGUGAAGCUACAGCAGCAACCACUUUACUUCAAGGUGGCAUCGUCUAAGACACAGCAGAGACAAUUAUAACAUUAAAUGUUUCAUGUCCUGUGAAUGCUCAUUUGUGCUCCUUUUGUUAUUAUGUGGAGGCAACGCAAAUGGUAAGAAUGGAAAAGCUGUGUAACCAUGACUCAACUUCGUAGUGUCUUGUUUAAAAGAUUAGUAGAUACUGAUUCUUGGUCUUUCCUGUAAAGCAUAUUUUUCUGUAAUAAGUGGUAAAAGAUUCUGGUUUGACAAUUGUUUGUGUCUGUGAGUGUGUGUUUGUGUUUGUUCAGGUAAAGCCAUGUGAAAUGUUUUGUUGUCAAUGCCAUAAGGAUCUGUAACUGAAGCUAAACAGAGCAUGUACUGUAGAUGUUAAACAAAUAAAAACUCAAGAAUUGACCCCUGAGGAAUUACCCCUGUGAUAUGUGUAUUUUGUUUUUUUUUACAUUUUUUAUAUA